UCCUCCCGGGCCGCCCGCCCGCAGCACCACUCCGGCGGCGGCGGCGGCGGCGGCGGCGGCUCGGCCGUGCCGAUCCCCGGGGCUCCCGGGGCAGCACCCGCCGCCGGCUCCCCGCAGCCGCCGCGCUCCCUGCGCUCCUGCCCCUCGGCCCUUCCUCCUUCUCCUCCUCCCCGCUGCCAGGGGAAGCCCCAGAGCCGGAGCCCUCCCUGCCCUGACCCGCGGAGAAGUUGGGAUGCUCCCAGCGGUCUUCCCAGAGCUCUGAGUUUAGGGCGGGAUUUUCGUUCCCCGCGCUUUCGCUUUUUUUAGCCUUGGGUUUUGGUGUUUGGGUUUGUUUUUGUUUUUAUUUUUUUUUCUUUCCGCCUUUCUUUCUUUCCCUCCUUUUUUCUCGUCACCAAGCAAGCCGAGCGUCUGCGAUGGAUGGCAGCCCCGAGCCCCCCCCCGGGCAGAGGCGCCCCGUGAGCCAGGGCAGAGCGCCCGGCGGGGCAUGCCCCGCCGCCGGGGGGAUGCGGGCGGGCAGCCCCCGGCCGGCGACUCCGGCGCCGUGACCGAGGAUGCCCGCUACCCGGCCGCCUCUCCCCUCCCGCCCGAGCUCGCAGGGCUCCCGCUGACCGCAGCCGCGGGGAUUACAGCAGCUCCCGGGAACCAGACCGCGGAGCCGAGCCCCGGGAUCCCCGGAGAGAAGAGCUGCCCGCUGUGAACGGCUCUCUGCAAGGCGGCUCCCCCCAGCCCUCCGCGCCUCCAGCCUCCGGAUGGGGCCAAGGAUCGCCCGCCGGGCAGCGGGGCUGCGCCCGUAGAUGCUCCGCUCCUCCCUCCUCCUCCUCUCUGGACCCGCGGCUCGGCUCCCUCCCUGCUCACCGCCCCGAGGAGGGCGCGCACCCAGCCCGCCGGGGCGCCGGGGCUGCGCCGCAGCCGGGCUCCGCGGGAUGCGGCUCCGCGGGGCUCCGCGGGAGCGGGCGCGGGGCGAGGGCCGCCUGCGCUGAGCCGGCGAAGCCGCCCCGCCGACCCCCCGGCGGCAAAACAGCCCCGCCGCCAGCCAAACCGCCGGACCCAGGGACCUGCCUAUAAAUGUGAUCCCCCCCCGCCGCCGCCACCCCGCCCUUCUCCAUCCCCUCCCUCCGCUCCCGCGGCUCCAUCCCUCAUCCUGCUCCCCUCCCCAAAGACGGUCCGUCCCCGUCCCCGUCCCCCCCGUCCUCCCGUCCCCCCCCCCCCGCCCCCCGCCGGUCCUCUGCCCCCCGCCAGUCACCGCCAUGGAGCUCUCGGAGGUGCGGUGCCUGAGCGACAGCGAUGAACUUUACACCAUCAACAGGACCCCCCCCGGCAGCGGCAGACCCCAGCGCCUGCUGUGGCAGACGGCCGUGCGCCACAUCACCGAGCAGCGCUUCAUCCAGGAGCACAGCAGCAGCAGCGGCGGCAGCAGCAGCGGUGGGGGCAAGGGCUUCAGCUCCGAGGAGACCUGCUGCCCCAACCACCACCCCCACCCUCCGCACCACCACCACCACCACCACCUCCGGCGACAGUCGGCCGGCCGGAGUUUGGGCGGUGAGCGCCACAACAACGGAGGCACCAAAGUCUUCCCGGAGCGCACGAGCAGCAGCGGGGACCUGGGCUUUCUGCCCCUGGACUGUGCCCCCAGCAACUCCGACUUCUUCCUCAACUGGGGCUAUACCUAUCGCGGGGUGAUCUUCCCCACUCUCCGCAACUCCUUCAAGUCUCGGGACUUGGAGCGCCUUUACCAGCGCUACUUCUUGGGCCAGCGGCGCAAAUCCGAGGUGGUCAUGAACAUCCUGGACGUGCUGACCAAGCUGACCCUGCUGUUCCUCCACUUGACCCUGGCCUCUGCUCCCAUGGACCCCAUUAAGGGCAUCCUCUUGGGCUUCUUCACCGGCAUCGAGGUGGUGAUCUGUGCCUUAGUGGUGGUCAGGAAGGACACGACCUCGUACACCUACCUGCAGUACAGCGGUGUGGUCACUUGGGUGGCCAUGGCCACACAGAUCCUGGCGGCCGGCCUGGGCUGUGGCCUCCUUGGGGACGGCAUUGGCUAUGUGCUCUUCACGCUUUUUGCAACCUACAGCAUGCUCCCGCUGCCACUCACCUGGGCCAUCCUGGCUGGGCUGGUCACCUCUGUCCUGCAGCUCGUCAUGCAGCUGGUUAUCCCCAGGUUGGCCGUGACUUCCCUCAACCAGAUAGCAGCUCAGGCAGUGUUAUUUAUGUGUAUGAACACUGCAGGAAUCUUCAUUAGCUACCUAUCAGACAGAGCACAACGUCAAGCCUUCCUGGAGACCAGAAGAUGCGUAGAAGCCAGGCUGAGACUAGAGACAGAAAAUCAGCGACAGGAACGGCUGGUGCUUUCUGUCUUACCACGGUUUGUAGUCCUGGAAAUGAUAAAUGAUAUGACCAACGUAGAAGAUGAACAUUUGCAACACCAGUUUCAUAAGAUCUACAUUCAUCGUUAUGAGAACGUCAGCAUUCUUUUUGCAGAUGUUAAAGGAUUCACCAACCUCUCCACAACUUUGUCAGCCCAGGAGUUGGUCAGAAUGCUGAAUGAACUCUUUGCCAGAUUUGAUCGACUAGCACAUGAACAUCAUUGCCUCAGAAUAAAGAUCCUGGGGGACUGUUACUACUGUGUGUCAGGGCUCCCAGAACCUCGCCAGGACCAUGCACACUGCUGUGUUGAAAUGGGGCUCAGCAUGAUCAAAACUAUCAGAUAUGUUAGGUCAAGAACAAAGCAUGACAUUGACAUGAGAAUAGGGAUACAUUCCGGAUCUGUCCUGUGUGGAGUGCUGGGCCUGCGAAAGUGGCAGUUUGAUGUCUGGUCAUGGGACGUGGAUAUCGCAAACAAACUCGAGUCAGGUGGAAUUCCUGGGAGAAUUCACAUCUCCAAAGCCACUCUGGACUGCCUGAACGGGGAUUAUAAAGUUGAAGAAGGGCAUGGCAAAGAGCGUAAUGAAUUCUUGAGGAAACAUAACAUUGAGACUUAUUUAAUUAAACAACCUGAGGAGAGUCUGUUGACUUUGCCUGAAGAUAUUGUGAAAGAGGCUGUCAGCUCCUCUGACAGGAGAAACAGUGGAGCAACAUUUACCGAAGGAUCCUGGAGCCCUGAACUUCCAUUUGAUAACAUAGUGGGAAAACAGAAUACUCUGGCUGCCCUAACAAGAAAUUCAAUAAAUCUGCUUCCAAACCAUCUUGCACAAGCUUUGCAUGUCCAGUCUGGGCCUGAGGAAAUUAACAAGCGAAUAGAGCACACCAUCGACUUACGGAGUGGCGAUAAAUUGAGAAGAGAGCAUAUCAAGCCUUUUUCACUGAUGUUUAAAGACUCCAGCCUGGAGCAUAAGUAUUCCCAAAUGCGGGAUGAAGUAUUCAAAUCAAACUUGGUGUGCGCCUUUAUUGUUCUUGUAUUUAUCACCGCUAUCCAAAGCUUACUUCCCUCUUCCAGGGUGAUACCAAUGGUUAUUCAGUUUUCUAUUCUGAUUAUGCUGCACUCCGCUCUUGUGCUAAUCACUACAGCAGAGGAUUACAAAUGUUUACCCUUAAUGCUCCGGAAAACUUGCUGCUGGAUUAAUGAGACCUACCUGGCCAGGAAUGUCAUUAUAUUUGCAUCCAUUCUGAUUAAUUUUCUUGGAGCUAUCAUCAAUAUUCUAUGGUGUGAUUUUGACAAACCAGUAGCCCUGAAGAACCAGACGUUCAAUUCAUCUGCAUCUUUUACAGACAUCUGUUCCUAUCCUGAGUAUUUUGUCUUCACUGGUGUGCUGGCAAUGGUGACUUGUGCAGUCUUUCUCCGUCUCAACUCUGUCCUGAAGCUGGCAGUACUUCUCAUCAUGAUUGCGAUCUAUUCUCUGCUGACUGAGACCAUUUAUGCUUCCCUUUUUCUGCAGUAUGACAACUUUAACCACAAUGGAGACACAGACUUCCUGGGUACAAAGGAGGCAUCUUUACUACUGAUGGCAAUGUUCCUUUUAGCUGUAUUUUAUCACGGCCAACAGCUUGAAUACACAGCAAGGCUGGAUUUUCUGUGGCGUGUUCAAGCAAAAGAAGAAAUCAAUGAAAUGAAGGAGUUAAGGGAGCACAAUGAAAAUAUGCUACGGAAUAUUUUACCCAGCCAUGUUGCUCGUCACUUCCUGGAGAAGGAUCGGGAUAAUGAAGAAUUAUACUCUCAGUCCUAUGAUGCUGUUGGUGUAAUGUUUGCUUCUAUUCCUGGAUUUGCUGACUUCUAUUCCCAGACCGAGAUGAAUAACCAAGGAGUAGAAUGUCUGCGCUUGCUGAAUGAAAUCAUUGCAGACUUUGAUGAGUUACUAGGUGAAGAGAGAUUUCAAGAUAUUGAAAAAAUUAAAACGAUUGGCAGCACAUACAUGGCCGUGUCAGGAUUAUCACCUGAAAAACAGCAAUGCGAAGACAAAUGGGGGCAUUUGUGUGCUCUGGCUGACUUCUCCAUAGCUCUGAAUGAAAGCAUACAGGAGAUCAACAAGCAUUCAUUUAACAACUUUGAACUCCGUAUUGGGAUUAGCCAUGGCUCUGUUGUAGCAGGAGUCAUCGGUGCUAAGAAACCCCAAUAUGAUAUCUGGGGCAAAACAGUUAAUUUAGCAAGUCGAAUGGACAGCACAGGUGUUAGUGACAGAAUACAAGUGCCUGAAGAAACGUAUCUGAUCCUGAAGGACCGGGGAUUUGCCUUCGACUACCGAGGAGAGAUUUAUGUCAAAGGUAUCAGUGAACAGGAAGGAAAAAUCAAAACAUAUUUUCUUCUAGGAAGAGUUCAACCAAAUCCUUUAAUCUUACAACCAAGAAAACUGACUGGACAGUAUUCAUUAGCAGCUGUUGUAUUAGGACUUGUACAGUCUCUUAACAGGCAAAAACAGAAGCAAAUCCUUAAUGAGAACAAUAACUCUGGAAUCAUAAAAGGACAUUAUAACCGGAGGACUUUGCUCACUCCCGGUGGAUCUGAGGCAGCAGCCCAGGCAGAGGGGGCUGACAAAACUGAAUUGCCAUAAUCAGCAUUUUGUUUGUGUUCUUUUUUUUUAUUAUUUCUUUUAUAUAUAAAAAUAAAUAUACAAAUAAAAAGGGUUUAA